UGCGCACACAGGCAGCGCUGUCCGACUUAAAAACAGCUGGGCUCUUGUGUGCGUUCCCAAAGAAACGUGGGACCGCAAAGCGAUGGAGACACAACAAGGAUUUAGAUACGGAUUAUAGCGGUUUCACAGACGUGCGAAAUAAGAAAACGCAGGAGGAUUAGUGACACGCGUGAAGUGGAGCAAAAUAGCGAAAAGAGAGUGAGAUGCGGCUCGCUUCAGAUGAGAGAGAUGCUUGUUGCGACUGCUCGUGCUCGUCAAGACGAGUCUCAAAACACGAGCACAUCUGAAGAUUCGCAAUGCGUGCGCAUUGUUGCUUUUGUAUGCUGUCGUUUACUUUAUUCUUCAUUGCCAGGAGGUAAAGGAGGUUCCCAUGAAGUCUUUGAGCCAUAAGAGCUCCGAGUACAUCUAAGCACAAGUACCUGUGUCAUCAAGAGAUGUAGCGGUACAGAGUUUUUGCCUAAUCCUCUCACAGGUAAACGGCAGGAUAUUUCGCCGGAGGAGUUUUUAAAAAGGAUGUGAAUACGGAAUCAGUGGUAGAGCUUUCUGGAGAAUUAAUCUUGUGGAUUUGCCGUCCUUUUUCUUUUUGGAACAAUGGCAGCAUAAAACUGUAGGACUGAUAACUGUAUUGCAAGGAAGGCAACAUGGCAAAACCCUUCUAUAGGCUUCAACGCUUCCUGCGACGAACUCAGUUGAUCUUAUUGUUCCUCGGUGUAGCCUACAUUAUGGCAGGAAGUGUCCUUCUUCUCCAGAGACAUGGAUUGGUGGUGUCACAACGUGGGACGAGCAGUUAUUUUCUGUUGCCGUCUUUGCCCUCUCCUCCCCGGUCCCUAGAAGCCCCAGCUUUACGGACAGGUUACGGCAUAAUGGGUCCACGGCUUACCGUAAAGGGAAUGAGUUACAAAGGCGGUCUGUCAGAAGACAACGCUGGACCGCAGUGGCUGAUCUCACGAAACCAGGAGAUCAGACACUUGAGACGCCGCUGGUUCCACAGCCUGAUGUCCGAACAGGAACUGUCCAGAGUUGAGAAAGUAACUCCAAAGAGGAAAAUCAGACACAAAGGCACAUAUGUCGGCUGCUUUCUGGAUGAUGCCAAGGACCGGGCUCUCAAAGGAAUGUUUUUUUAUGACUUCAGAAAAAUGACCAGCACCUUGUGUCAGGACACCUGCACAGAAAGCGGGUACCAGUUUGCUGGCCUUGAAUAUGGGUCCGAGUGUUACUGUGGCAACCGCAUCACAAGUGCUCGGAUGAAAGAGGAGGAGUGCAAUUUGGAUUGCAAAGGCGAGAAAGGCUCCAUCUGUGGAGGUGUGUCUCGUCUGACUGUUUACAAGGUGGAGGAAGUUCAUCCUGGCCAGAGGAGAUAUAGAAAUGUUCGCUAUCGUGGUUGCUUCAGAAAGCCUGAUGACACAGCAGCCGCUUCUCUGGUCCAUGUGGUCCAGCCCAACCUCACUUCCCAGUGGUGCAUCAAGACCUGCAUGGAUCAGGAGUUUCCUCUAGCUAUGAUCAGAAACCCAGACUGUUACUGUGGCUUUGCCACCCCUCACUUUACUCUCCACAAGCCGGUGAAAGAGGAGCUGUGUGUCGUGGAUAACAUCAGUAUAUCCACACAGAAUUCCCAACAGCUCUUCCUCCAGGUCUAUCAAACACCCGUUCAAGAUUCUAGAUGCACAGAAAAGACAUUUCUGCCGGAGAAGUCAAGCUCAGUGGUGGCAUUAUCCAGUUUUCCUGGGGCUGGGAACACCUGGGUCCGGCAUCUGAUCGAGCUUGCCACAGGCUACUACACAGGCAGUUACUACUUCGAUGGCACGCUCUACAACAGAGGCUUCAAAGGUGAGAAAGAUUACUGGAAGAGCGGAAGAACCAUCUGCGUAAAGACGCAUGAGAGCGGCCAGCGGGAUAUAGAAAUGUACGACUCGGCAAUCGUGUUGAUAAGAAACCCCUACCGCUCGCUCAUGGCCGAGUUCAACCGCAAGUGUGCCGGACACCUCGGUUAUGCCUCUGAUCAGCACUGGAAGAGCAAAGAAUGGCCAGAGUUUGUGGGAAGUUAUGCAUCCUGGUGGGCUUCUCACGUACUGGACUGGCUGCGUUACGGAAAAAGACUCCUGGUGGUCCAUUACGAGGAAUUGCAGGAAUCGCUGGUGCCCACGCUACGAACCAUCACGUCGUUCCUCAACGUCAGCGUCAGUGAGGAACGUCUCCUCUGUGCCGAGUGCAACAAGGAUGGGCAUUUCAAGCGCUCUGGUGCGCGGCGACCCACCUUCGACCCUUUCACCCCAGAUAUGAAGCGGUUGAUUGACGGUUACAUCGGCGCUGUGGACCAGGCCCUGAGAGCUAGCAACCAUACUGGAUUACCACAGGAGUAUCUUCCAAGAUGAUUAACCCAGAAUUAGAGCUAUUUCACAUUCGGGGCCUGAAACUACGAUGUCCAAGACAAGUGUUGGAGUUCAAGUAAUGGGGAAAUAGUGCUGUUCUUAGAUCAAAUACUGUGGUGAAUAAUUGCGAAGAUUAGCUCUAACAAAGGAAGAACAUCUUAGUUUGGUGUUAAAUGUAAAGUUUUUUAUGCAUUUGGAGUGAAACUUAUCUAGUUUGUUACUAAUACACUUCAACUACAAGUCAACGGGAGGAAGUUAUUGCCUUUAAACUAAUCAGAUGUGUCUACAAUAAUAGAAAUGUUAUAUUUUACCACAAUAACAUAAAAUACCAUUUCAUUACUGUAGUAAACAUUGACUACUGUAUUUAAGAGGAGAUUUGAACUAUGAUUGAAUGCUUAACAUGUUUCUGAGCAUUUCAACGGCGAUAUCUUGAACACUAGGAUUGUAGUAACCUAACAACAUAGUGGAUGACGAGGAUGUCAUCAUCGCAUAUUCAGGAUUGGUAUGGAAGCCAUAUUGUGUAUGGAAGACAUAUUUAACUCUUUCCCCGCCAUUGACGAGUUAUCUCGGCAAUUAAGAGAAAACGUUUUUCUGCCAAUGACGCUUCCCUGACGAGUUUUUACGGUUAUCUGUAAUUCCGCUAUUAUCCAUUAGAUGGCGCUCUUCUCCAAUUUAUAAAAAUCUGAAGCAAAUACGAGUCCAACAACAUUUUAAACUCUGUGUAUGUUUUGAUCUCCGUUCUGAAUCUAAACUCAACAAAAUUCAGCUUUUUACUAAAUAUUUUGUAUUUUUGAAGAAACCUACCCAUAUUUAAGAGGUUUUGUUCGUUUCCUGUUUUGUUUGUUUGAAAGCAGGCGCUCCGUUUUUAAUUGAUAUACUGUAUUUGUAUGUUUAUAUAUUUAUAGAAGAACAUUUUCCUGGAAAGCAUUUUGUGAAACUUUGUGAAAAAUCACAAAAAAUAGGGCUGUCAAAAGAUUAAUCAUGAUUAAUUCCAUACAAAAUAAACGUUUGUGUUUGCAUAAUAUACAGGGUUCCUACGGGUCCUUGAAAUACUUGAAAGUUUGUGAAUCUGGGUGAAAAAAUUCAAGGCUCUGGAAAGUUUUUGAAUAUAUACAUGGA